AUGGAGGAAGGGGAAAGGGACAACAGGACAUCAUCCAGAGAUUUUGUGCUGCUGGGAAUAAGUGAUGUCCCCGCCCACCAGAACCUGCUUUUUCUCCUCUUGCUUAUGAUCUACUCAGUCACCGUGGUCGGGAACAUCCUCAUCGUUGUGCUGGUGGUGGCAAACCGGCAGCUGCACCCCCCCAUGUACUUCUUCCUGGACAAUCUCUCCUCCUUGGAGACCUGCUACAGCUCCACCAUCCUGCCUCGGUUGCUGGUCAGCAUCUUGACAGGGGACGGCACCAUCUCUGUGCACGGCUGCAUGGCUCAGUUCUACUUCUUUGCUUCCUUUGCCACGACCGAGUGUUACCUGCUGGCAGCCAUGUCCUGUGACCAGUACCUGGCCAUAUGCCAGCCCUUGCUCUAUGCAAGCUUCAUGACCUGGAAGGUCUCUAUCCACCUAGCAGCUGCAUCUUGUCUGUUGGGUUCCCUGCUGGUGGUGGUAGUCACGGUCUUCUUAUCCCAGUUGCAGUUCUGUGGCCCCAAGGCCAUUGACCACUUCUUCUGUGAGUUUACCCCAUUGCUGGAGCUUGCCUGCAGCGACACCAGGGCCCCAAAGCCCGCCAUUGCCAACCUCUUCCACCCCAACACAACACAUGGAACAUGUUGA